UCAAAGUGGAAGAAAGUCGUACCAUAUUUUUUUUGUUGUGAAACUUUUCAAAGUACCGUAGAAGUAGAAUAUUUGAGUUUAAAGGAUAAGUGAUUGAAAUUCAAAAUAAGAACAUUUCAGUCAUUCAUUUUUGAACGGUUUUAGUGAUUUUUUUUUUAAUAUUCAAACUUACAACUUAACAAUAAGCAACUAUCGUAUACAAUACAGUGUUUUUAGUUUUGGAAGGAGGAAACUUUGGGUGUCUCAUAAAUACAGACUAAAAAUACAAAAAUGAUUUUAAUAUUUUUCCUCCUACCUCUAUUAAAUCUAUGCAUAGCUGAUGUAUUCAUGACACACAUAAACCAUAUGGAAUACUACAGAAAUAAAACCCGCCCACCGAAAGCCUUCAAUAGUUUUUCCACGAACUAUUUCAAUCAGAACUCCAUAGGAAAACCGGGGAAGGAAAAAGUGCAGUGCGGUACAAGAACUGUGGACUUUACUUUGAGGAGGGGAAAAAUUGUGGGGGGCUCGGAGGCACCCUACGGGGCUUUUCCUUGGCAAGUCGAGAUUCAAAUGCUGAACGCGGAUAAAUUGACAUUCGAACAUCACUGUGGGGGCGCAGUUAUUGCUGAGCGCCUGGUACUUUCAGCGGCACACUGUUUUGAUAAGGAACCAUUGCAACUUGAGCACAUGAGACUGCUGGUUGGAGAGCAUCGGCUUAAACUGCAGGAUAAGCACGAAAACAGGUUCCUCGCUGAGAAGGUGGUGCCACACCCGGAGUUCAGGAAAAAUGGUCCCCACAGCAACGACAUAGCAGUUGUCCUGGUUUCCCGCUCCGGAGUUCAGUUCAACUCGCACGUCCGCCCCAUCUGUCUGCCGGACAAGGCCGACACCACUGGAAGGUGGUGUGCGGUCAGCGGCUGGGGGUACCAGGCAGAAGGAACCGAUAACUUCGCGCCUGUGCUAAGAGCAGCAGCGGUACCAGUGUUGGACCAGACCACGUGUAGGAAGGAAAAGGUGCUAGGUGGAUGCCAGCAGACUAUAUUGGACUCUAUGUUGUGUGCUGGUAUUCUUUCCGGAGGUGUAGACGCCUGUAAGGGAGACUCGGGAGGGCCCCUCGCCUGCUACGGUACAAGCAGAUGGCAGCUACACGGCGUGGUGUCGUGGGGAUCCGGCUGUGCGAGACGAGCGCGGCCGGGUGUUUACACUAGGGUAGUUUCUUAUGUAGACUGGAUUAAAAGCACUGCCGCUUCGUUGGGUCAAAGGAUAUUCUAAUAGGUUCUAUAUAUCAAUGAAACGCCCUUGCAAAACUCUUUCAAUAAGUUCAUAUUAAAUUAAAACCAGCCAAAUGCGAUUCCUAUAAAACUAUUAUCUAUAAAAACAUGCAUGUUUAAUAUUUACUGUUAUAGCGGCAACAGAAAUACAUCAUCUGAGAUGUUCACAUCACAAAUUUUCUCAGAUGUCUGUCCGUCUCUCGGUCAAGCGGUAUUUCAUCAAUCAUGAUCGGUUAUGAGAUACCGCCAGACGAACGCACACCGGAGUCUCAGUAAUAGGGUCCCGUUUUACCCUCUGGGUUCGAAAAAUUAAAAACCAGGUAAUUGCUGCUCGAAUCCAAUGGAAUUUGCAGAAGACACGUGAAGUUACCGCCAAAUUACAAAAUAUAGAUUAAAGCAGCCAAACAUCCUGUUUGUGUCCAGUUAACAAACAAUAAGCGCAUCACCUUUUUAAAAAUUGCGAUAUAAACUGGUUUACUUAGGUUAAUUGAACGUUAAACCGCUGGCCAAGAUUAUCAUAUUUUUUUUAGUAGUUACCGUUAUUAUUAUUUUGGUUCCUUAAAAAAAUAUUAAAUUAGUUAACCGGUUAAAUAAAGAACAAUAUUUUUAACUGGCUUCUAAACAAAAUUCACCGAGAAAUUAGAAAAAGCAAGGUAAGGAAGGUCGUUAAUAUAAUUAAGGAAUACAAAAGGUCCUAAUAAAGACCCUUGUGGAACACCAAUUUUCACAACUGACCCAUUUGACGGUUUUCCAUUCACGUCUACCAUUUGUAUUAGAUUAUAAUCGAAUUUGUAUGUAGAAUAAUUGAUAACGCCUAAGAUACAUUAAGUUUAUAAAAAAAGCUUAUAAUACGUGUAGGUACUUAAUAAUUUUUUAAAUCAGUAUUUUAAUUUAAUAUUUUAAUUUUAACGCCAAAGACUAGCCCUCGUUACCAAUAAUAAUAGAAUUAUAAUAGAUAAGAUAACUAUUUAUUUAUUUUAAU